AUGUGCUCGGCUAGGCCCGUACAGAGACCUGGUCCCGGUGCCAGACGUCCUACCAUGUGCUCGGCUAAGCCCGUACAGAGACCUGGUCCCGGUGCCAGACGUCCUACCAUGUGCUCGGCUAGGCCCGUACUGAGACCUGGUCCCGGUGCCAGACGUCCUGCCAUGCGCUCGGCUAGGCCCGUACAGAGACCUGGUCCCGGUGCCAGUCGUCUAACCGUGUGCUCGGCUCGGCCCGUACAGAGACCUAGUCUCGGUGCCAGACGUCCUCCCUAUGUGCUCGGCCAGGCCUCUACAGAGACUUGGUCCCGGUGCCAGGCGUCUAACCGUGUGCCCGGCGGGGGCCAGAAUGCCGAGUCUUGA